CCUCUUUGUUAACAUUUGUAGAAGGUAAGACGCUAAAAGCUCCGUUUGUCAUGACUUGUGUGGGAAGCAUCACCAAAGCAACGCUGAGACUGGCCAACGCCACUGCUUCGAAUACUAAUCAGAUUAUUCAUCUAAAUGAGAGGUUUGAAAUCGUCUCCUUGGUGGGAACCCUGAACAAAGCACCUCAUCUCCACAUCUGUCUGUCUGAUAAGGAUGGGAAGACUGUCGGAGGGCAUGUUAUAAGUGACUUGGAAGUCUUCACUACAGCUGAGAUAGUGAUCGGCGAAUGCACGGGCCUGCAGUUCACCCGGGAGAUGGAUGAUCGCACAGGUUUCCCAGAACUUGUCAUUAGUUCUCGCUCUGAAAAGGUUUAGUAAUUUCUGCCCUGUAAAUUAUGUGACAUGCCUCAAAAAAAGUGGAUUAAAUAAAUGGGGUUGGAGCAUGCCUUCCUUUCUCUUAGCUUUUAGCUUAUUGAUUCAGACAUAUUUUCAUGCAGAGAAUAAUCAAUUCUUCAGUGGGUGGACAGAAUAAAAU